ACAGAACGCCUUUUUUGUUUUUACUGAAAGACCAAUAAAACCUUUGGACUCACACAGACCGCCAGGGAAAUCCCGUCUGCUGCCUUCGGCUACAUGGUUGUAAUUUAAUAACCUACAUAGUAUGAGAAACACCGGAGGAAAUGAACCGGCUGGAGCUGAUUUACCAGAUAAACAACCUGCCGGUUCUUCAAAAUUCAGUUUCAAGAACCCGAAAAUUAAGUUGCCCUCCUUUAGAAGGAGUCUUCCUAAAGUGGUUCUCACCUUUGAGGAGAACCUACGGCAGGGCCGUCUUUUCCAGGCUGGAAAGCAGCUGAUCCAACAGGAGGAGCAUCUGUUUGGGAGGGAAAUAGGGAAGGAGGAGAAGGAGAGUGGGGAAAACAAGGAAAAACUGAAGAGAGAUUAUGAGUCCCUUCUCAAGAAGUUGUGGCAGUCAGUGGACUCUUCACUGAGUGCUGGGGCAGAGGAGCUGGAGGGCCUGAAGUCGGCCGUGAGCUGCAUCCAGCAGGAGGAGGAGCAGGAUAGGAGGUGGGGGAAGAAACCAGAGACACAGGCCCCUGAAUGGAGGCCCAGGCAGUGCAGACAAAUGCACGAUGCCCGGCUUGAGAAGAUGGUGGAGAAACGGAUGGAAGAACCGAAUGUGAUCGUGGAAGGAAACAUGUCUUCCUUGAAGAGGGAUAUCUGCAAGAUGGGCAAACAGAUGAAGGAGGACCUGCUGAAGGUGGCACGGGAGCUGCAGAACUGCUACCCUGAGGAGUUUGACAUCUGCAGUGUGUAUGCCGGACUAUAUCAUCAAGCCUUUUCUCAACGUUUAACAGAGAUUGCCGAUUAUGGACUGGUUGUAGAUGACUGUAUUUACCUCCUGACCUGGGUGAAUAAUUACUAUCCAAAUGACAUUUUAAAAAGCAAAGAACUCAAAGGGAAGAUUAAUUGCAAAUCGCUUGGAGAUUUGUUGCCUGUGGAGGUGGCUAGAGUCUUGGAGGAGCAGUAUCUCUCAGACCAAGAGACACAAGUUAAGAAAUUUGUCUCCACUGUCCUGAGGAAACAAGAGGAGGCCUGGCUGAGUGGAACUCAGCCCGAGCUCAUAGAAGGACAUUACAGUCCCAUUUCCUUCGAUGUCAUACAGCGUGUUGAUAGCGCAAUGAAACAUGCAAGGGAUGUAUUGGUUGAGGCGGACAAAGCCCAGCCAAUCAUGUGUCAGUUGACGGACUUCCUACGGAGCUAUAAGAAAUCUCUGGAAGAUUUUCUGAAAGGAAAGCAUGGAAACACCAAAGCAGUGAUAAAAGCUAACUUGGCCAGCCUUGAGCAAUUUGAGACCUAUAUUGUGACAGAGAGAGAUGUCUUCACAGAAGAGAUGAGAACAUGCUGCUUAUCACUCGUGAACGCCAUGAAAGACUGUGGCUACCAGUAUCUCUCCAAGAUCAUACAUGCAGAUAUGAAGGUACGGUACGGUAAGCUGGGCACCCAGUCCUGGCUCACAGAAAACAGCGUUGUCAUGAGCGGCCUUCUAGAAGGGCUGACGGGACACAUUGAGAAGUGCAGCGAUCUGAAGACCAGCUGCUUUGAGGAGUUUGUUGGCCGGCUGCACGGCGAUGUGAUGGUGGAGUAUGUGUACAGGCUGCUGAAGAAGAAGCUGAGGCUGAAGGAUCAAGGCCAGCAGGAGGCAGCUGCCAGGCUGCUGUGUGAGGACAGCAAGGCACUACAUGCCCUGUUCACUGAGGAGGGGUCUAAAGAAGAGUGGCUGAGUGACAUUCUCCCAAAAAUGUCUGAAGUGCUGAAGACACAGGAGCCAAGCAUGAUCCAGCUGGAGAUCAUCACCCUGGCUUGGGACUACCCUGACCUCAGUGACUGCCAUGUCUCUGACCUGCUCCACCUAAAGAUGAACCUUCCCAUCUCCGACAUCAAGAUGAUCAAGGAGAGCCUGUCGGAGAACCGAAACUCAGUCAACUCCCAGAACACCAGAACGUUCUUCUCCAGAGUGCAUCGGCAAGAUCACGCAUCACGCUUUUCCAAGAUGAUGCGACUCCCGCACUGA